GAACCUUAUGGCAUGUCCUUCUGGCUCGAAACCGUGCAAUUAAUAGUCCAUAGUUACUGCCUACGUCCAAUGUGUAAAAGAGAAACGAGGAGCUGAAAUGAUAAUUCCGAGUAGAAACAUCUGAUGGUUGAUUUCCGUUCGUUUGAUUCGUGUCCGCAGGAAAUCCUUUAUACGCCCUUCCCAAAGAUUUAAUCUGAGCCGUUGCAUUUCUCUGCUGCUUAACCAUUUGUUAUGUUAGGACUAUUCCUUCGGUGCGUAAGAACUGCCUUUUACCCUUCCGUUUCGCGAGCAGAAGAGACCUAUCAAAACGGAAGCAGAGGGAAAGCCCAGAUCUGAUCCAGCUGCAACCAAAUGCCCCAAAGCCAAGAUCAUAGCCUAUUAAAGAGAAGACGGGAAUUCGCUCAACUUCGUGUUGAUCUCCGAGUUCCAAAUAUUGGUUAGUAUCGGCGAUGGCGUGCCUCGCACUCUCCCUCCAGCCCGCCAACGGCGCCGACGUCCUUCUCCAGACGCUCGAGUGGUUCCCCCCGGCUCGCGCCCUCGCCGCCCUCGCCGCCUUCCGGCAGACUCGCCUCGCUUUCACCGCCACCGCCGGCCCCCACAAGCAGCAGCCCCCCGCCACCGCGUCCCACCUCGCCCCCGGCGACCUCGACUCCGCCCUCGGUGACGACCCCCUUGCCGCGUCCAGCGGCCAGGUCGUGGUUGGCAUCGAGAGCAAGUACCGCGUCGUCUACCGCCUCGUCAACACCAUCUACGUCCUCGGCAUCACCACCAUCGACCGCGACUCCGACCGCGGCCGCACCAACAACAUCUUCGAUUGCAUACACACCGUCAACCAGGCCGUCAGCGUCGUCGUCGCCGCCUGCCGCGGCGUCGACGUUACCCCCGAGAAGCUCCACCGCAAGUACCCCGAGAUCUACAUGGCCCUUGACAUCGUCCUUCGUGGCGUCGGAAGCGUUCGCCUCGCCACCAUCCUCUCCUCUAUCCAUGGUGACAGCAUUGCCAAGAUGGUCCACACCGCCAUCGACGCCGAGAACCGCGUCCGGGGCGCCGAUACGUGGUCCGGCGGCGCCGAGGCCCUCUCCCUCGAUCGCCGUGCCAACCUCGACUCCUUCUCCAAGGCUUUCUUCGAGCUCCCGGCGGAGACCCUCGCCGCCGGGGACGAGGUCGCCGCGGCCAUCGCCCCUGUCACCGCCUCCCUCCCUGCGGACGAGCAGCAGAAGGACCAGGCCGAGGAGGCCGCAGAGGAGAAGGAUCCGUUCGCCGCCAGCGAGAAGAUCAACAAACUGGAGGACGCCCUGGUAGGAGGGUUCAAGAAAAGCAAGGAUACGGCUUCCGCUGGGGCGGAUCCCACUGCAGCCCUCGCCGGGCUCGAGGUUACGACGCUCCCUCCGGCCGAAGCCACGAAACCCACCUUCAUCGGAGUUGAAGGGUUCGAAGGAGAAUAUGGUGGGAUUGAAUUUGGCAAUGAGGAAGCCUCCCUCUCGGAGGCAUUCGAAGGUCUCGGUGGCGAUGCGCCAUUUGGAGGUGGCCUUGAUGCCUCUGAGUUUGUAACGACCGCCAAGAAGCCCAUCAAGCCCCAGGGAUUGAGUGGUCUUGAGUUGCUCGCUACUAGCCAGAGCACCACAACAGGGCCUACUGCUGCAGCUGGAGCUGGCGCGCCUCUGGAGAAUCUCUUGGUGACAAAGACCCAGGAGAUGACAGACCCGGAGAUGUACAUCCAUGAAGAGAUCAAUGGCGAGUUCAGGGAGUCUUUGCUUGCCCGUGUAGGCUUGAAAGGCACCGUCUUUUUGCGAACAUUGCCUCCGAAGAAGGCUGCCGGAAAGGAAACGGAGUUCUCUUUCCAUCUCGACGGCACCUCCGGAAUCAAGAGGGCUGUGCUGCAGAGUUCUCGUGUCAGUAGCCUAGAUAAUGGAAUGUUCCACGUUAGGACUCCAUCGAUGGAAGAGCCCAUUCCAAUACUCCAAUAUAGUUUACAACCCCGGUUCACUCCUCUGCCUCUGAGGGUCCGUCUAGUGAAGCGGCACAGUGGCACCCUGUUUUCGGUGAUGAUACAGUAUGCCUCCAACCCAGCAUUGCCAGCACCAUUGAGCAAUGUGACAUUCAUUGUGAAGCUACCCGUUGAUCCGACCCUGCUUAAUGUUUCACCAAAGGCAGUUUUAGAUCGAGGGGAAAGAGUGCUUAGGUGGCACGUGCCUGAUGUUCCUCUGAAGGGUCCGCCAGGCAAGCUGAGGGCACGAAUGCCUGUUGAUCAAGACUCAGCAGAUGGUGAGCUCGAAGUUGUAGGUAUGGUGAAAUUUUCUGCUCAAGGGUCUAUCACAUUGUCCGGUGUAUCUCUUCAGCCAGUAUCUGAUGGCAUUGCACACUUCAAUGUGGUUGGCCAUAGGUUUGAGAGUGGGAGUUAUUUAUGUACUUGAUCAACCUGGGUGGGAAAUGAAAGGUUGCUACAUGUCAUUCUAUGUGUAGUAGUAGGAUUCACAGCAGUUGAUAUUAUGAGGACCUUCGAUUCAAUUCUUUCACAUGAUGAUUUUUUAAGCUUCUAGAGAAUUUGUGGUAGUGUAUGUAAUAAUUUUGGAACUGGUGCACAUGAUUUGAAUCAUUUUGUUUUCUGGUAAGCUUUUCUUAUAUCUGGUGUUUCUCUUUGAGUGGAAAUGUGAAAUUGAUUCUCUCUUAA